UUUACAAUCACACAUUUGUUUUCGAAAAUAGUCAACCCAAAGAGAAUCUAUCAACAAAAAAGGAAAAAAACCAACAGAGGAGAAAAAAAAAAAGGAAAAACUGUGGCCUGUGGGUGGUAGAGUGAGGAAAUCCAGCCAAUAAUCCAAAACCCUAGUUCCUCUCCAUGCGAUUUUGCUCUCAAUCUAUAAUAACUGGAUUAAGUAUCGGCAAUUAGGGUUCUAUCUGCACUAAUCAAUAUGCUGAGUAUGCUUCUUGUUGCUGUUAUUAGUGUUGUAGUCAUUAUCAUAAGCAGUGCGUUUGUUGAGAUGCUAUCAUCGGUGACUUCACUGUUUAGUUUACACGACCUCGCAAGUUUUAUUCUUUAUAACAAAUUGGGUCGAGGGCAGCGGGAAAAGGUGCAGCAGUUCAUGUCAAUUACUGGGGCAAGUGAAAAGAUUGCUAUUCAGGCACUGAAGUCCAGUGAGUGGCAAUUUGAAGGAGCAUUUGACAUAUUUUACAGCCACCCUCAUGUAAAGUCGGUUGCUGACACGAGACAUUUAGAAGAGCUUUACAAUAGAUACAAAGAUCCCUAUGCUGAUAUGAUUUUAGCUGAUGGAAUCACUUUGUUGUGCAACGAUCUUCAGGUUGAUCCGCAAGAUAUUGUCAUGUUGGUAGUCUCAUGGCAUAUGAAGGCUGCUACAAUGUGUGAAUUCUCAAAGCAAGAGUUUAUUGGUGGAUUACAAUCACUAGGGAUAGAUUCACUGGAGAAGUUCAGAGAAAGAAUAUCUUUUAUGCGUUCUGAACUAAAAGAUGAAUAUAAGUUCCGGGAGGUCUAUAACUAUGCAUUUGGAUGGGCUAAAGAGAAGGGUCAAAAGUCUCUGGCAUUGGAUACUGCAAUCGGAAUGUGGCAGUUACUAUUUGCUGAAAAGCAGUGGCCAUUAGUCGAUCACUGGUGCCAGUUCUUGCAGGCACGGCAUAACAAAGCGAUUUCUCGUGAUACGUGGUCCCAGCUACUCGAGUUUGCUCGGACAGUGGAUCCUGCAUUGUCGAACUAUGAUGCGGAUGGGGCGUGGCCUUAUUUGAUAGAUGAAUUUGUUGACUACUUGACCGAAAAUGGUGUAAUGCAAAAGGGAAAGCUGACCGAUUGGAGCUACAAACAAUGACCGAUCACUCUAUUCUGGUCGUCAACUUAAUUGUUCUUCAUUUUCGGUCAGAUUGAUUUGUAAAAUUGAUUGGAACAAAGAAAAGAACAUAAAACAUAAUAAAACUUAAAAGGAAACAGUAAAACACCAUCCAACUGUUGUGUAAAAUUGUGGGGGCUUUGUUUGGAAUUAUACAUUAUUGAUGUUUGACAUCUUUGAUUCUUCCUUGUUCAUAA